AGCGCCCACCCCCGGGAAGGGCCUGUACCGCCAGCCCCGGGGCGGACCGGGCCGCUGUGGGCGGGCGGCGCGUUGCGGAGCGGGGCCAUGGCGACCUACGUGCGGCUGGGAGCCGCCGCCAAGGUGCCCCUGCUGGGGCUGGGCACAUGGAAGUCCCCCCCGGGUAAGGUGGAAGCUGCAGUGAUGGCUGCCAUCGAUGCUGGGUACCGCCACUUUGACUGUGCCUACGUGUACCAGAACGAGAAGGAAGUUGGGGAUGGGAUCCAGCAGAAAAUCAAGGAAGGCGUUGUGAAACGAGAGGACCUCUUCAUCGUCAGUAAGUUGUGGUGUACGUUUCAUGACAAACCUCUGGUGAAGGGAGCCUGCCAGAAGACUCUUGCUGACCUGAAACUGGAUUACUUGGAUCUCUACCUUGUGCACUGGCCUUUUGGUUUCAAGGCAGGAGAAGAACUAUUUCCCACAGAUGACAAAGGCAUGUCAAUACCCAGCAACACAGAUAUCCUGCAUACGUGGGAGGCCAUGGAAGAGCUGGUGGAUGCUGGUCUGGUAAAAGCCAUUGGCAUCUCCAACUUCAACCGUGAGCAGACUGAAAGAAUCUUGAACAAGCCAGGACUGAAGUACAAGCCUGCAAAUAACCAGAUCGAGUGUCAUCCAUACCUUUCCCAGGAAAAGCUUAUCAACUAUUGCCAAUCCAAAGGGAUCACUGUGACAGCAUAUUGUCCCCUUGGGCGCCCUGACAGGGCUAAACCAGAUGAGCCUUCCCUUCUGGAUGACCCUAAGAUCAAAGAGAUUGCAGCCAAGCACAACAAAACCCCAGCACAGGUUCUCCUUCGCUUCCAGAUCCAGAGAAAUGUGAUCGCGAUUCCCAAGUCCGUCACACCACAGCGCAUCGUGGAGAACUCCAAGGUGUUUGACUUUGAACUGACUAAAGAGGAGAUGUCAACCCUUCUCAGCUUAAACAGAAACUGGAGGAUCUGUGAAAUGGUCACGUGCAAGAAUCACAAGGAGUACCCCUUCAAUGCAGAAUACUGAAGACCAUUUUAUCCUGCCCUACUGCAGGCAGGUUCGGGUUUUGACAGAAUUUAAAUGAAAAGAAUUUUAACUUCUUUCAUGAUGUUCUCCAUAAAAGAGUUCAGAUCUGGGGUUAGAGGGACACAAUAAACUAUACAGUAUAAUUUGGUGGAUCAAUCCAGUGAGAGACUGUAUUCACAAGUCAGGUAUUACCACAGAUAGUUUUUGAAUAGCAUGUUAUGGAUGUACUGCCUGACAGAUUAUCUGUUACACACAGAGAGAAGACGGUACCAAAGACUAUUCCCCUUUAAAAUCUAUUUUCUUAAUAAGGACAAAUGGAAAAACAGGCAAAUUGAAGGGAUAAAAUGAGUUUUUGAGUAACUUGUAACAAAAAGUUUUCUAGAAACAUUGAAGUAGUUCCUUGCUGAUAGUGACAGGCUUUAACAGGCUAAAAGAAAUCUUCAUUUUAAAAACGAUCUGUAAAAUAUAAUAAAACGACCAUAAGGUGUCACUAGAACCCAAGCAACUUGCAAAUAAAUUGCAUUCUAGAAAUGUUCUUAUCCAGCUACAAGGCUUUUGUUAUACUCCUUUCUGAAAGUAAAAAAGGACCUAUUUUUAAAUAGCGUAGAGAAUUCCUGUAUGUACAGAAAUCACCAUAUUCAAUACAUUGGCUUUAUUUUUUCCUUUUA